GAAGUAGAAGUAGAAGCAGCUGAAAGAAGAUGGUGUGGUUUCAUCUUAAGGUAAAUUUCAGAGCUUUCUUUAUUGGAGAGCCCUCCCCCUCCCUGUGGUGUUCUCUUGUCCGAGGGUGGGAUCUGUAUUGUCUUCAUUCCGCAUUGCUUCGAUUUCAAAUUAUCGAGUGUCUGUCGGAGAAGAAGACAAGUGUAGAUACGACUUCAAUGCUCCAGUGAGUGAAUAAGAGCGCAGAUCUGGAGAAGAACAUAAAAAGGUUUAGUCUUUUUCGUUUCAUGUUCACGGGGAAUCUCCGCUUUCGUGUUUAUGUUUUGUUUUGUUUUCCUCAAGAGCGAUACUCAUCUAACUCAAAUGCAUGUCCUCUGCAUCUACUAGAAGCCUCCUUCCUUCCCCUUUUUAAGUUAACUGAUAUGUCUGGCAUUGAAGAGUACGGUUCUCUCGACUUUGAUAUCUCUGAAGAAGAUGAAAGGCGCCGCUCUAAGAUCGGCAAUUUGAAGAAGAAGGCCAUUCACGCUUCAACCAAGUUCACUCAUUCCUUGAAGAAAAGAGGCAAAAGGAAAAUUGACUAUCGUUUUCCUCCAGUAGCCUCCAUUGAAGAUGUACGUGAUGAGAAAGAGGAGACCCUUGUGCUUGAGUUUCGCCGUCACCUUCUCCACAGAGACUUGUUACCUCCAAGACACGAUGACUACCAUACUCUUCUCAGAUUUUUGAAGGCAAGGGAUCUUAACAUUGAGAAAACCAUCCAGAUGUGGGAAGAGAUGCUUAGUUGGAGAAAAGAGUAUGGGACAGAUACCAUACUAGAGGAUUUUGAAUUCGAAGAGCUGGAAGAAGUUCUGCAAUACUAUCCUCAAGGCUAUCAUGGAGUUGACAAGGAAGGACGACCUGUCUACAUUGAAAGACUUGGGAAAGCUCAUCCCUCUAAGCUUAUGCGUAUCACCACCAUUGACAGAUAUCUAAAAUACCAUGUGCAAGAGUUUGAGAGAGCUCUUCUUGAGAAGUUCCCUGCAUGCUCGAUUGCAGCAAAGCGCCGUAUCUAUUCCUCCACUACAAUACUGGAUGUGCAAGGACUGGGCAUGAAGAAUUUUACAUCAGCAGGUGCAAGUCUUGUGGCUGCCAUGGCGAAGAUAGACAACAGCUACUACCCUGAGACGCUGCACAGAAUGUACAUUGUAAAUGCUGGAACAGGUUUCAAGAAGAUGCUUUGGCCUGCUGCUCAGAAGUUUCUUGAUGCAAAAACCAUCGCAAAGAUACAUGUGCUAGAACCCAAAUCUUUAUCCAAAUUACACGAAGUCAUUGAUUCAAGCCAAUUGCCAGACUUCCUAGGAGGUUCAUGCUCUUGCUUUGGCGACGGAGGGUGUCUUCGCUCUAAUAAAGGACCCUGGAAUGAUCCUGAAACAAUGAAGCUCAUCUACCGUGGAGAAUCAUCACUCUUUAGGCAGAUUACCAGGAAACUGAGUGACCCGCAGAAUUCUUCAUCCUACAUUAGUAUACAUCCAUCUAAGGCUAUGCAAGCUGAGAGUUCAGCAGCAGUAUCUAUAUUUUGUUCUGAUGUUCCUACUGGAAGAAUGUGCUCAGCCUCUGCUCAUGUGAAUUCAGCUUAUGAGGAAGCUAGGACGUCAGAUGUUAAUGGCUAUUAUAGUUGCGAUGACAAUUUUGCCAUACCUACUAACCGAAGAGGCCAAGAAACGCAAUCCCAUUAUCAAAUGCUCGAACUCGAUCUCAGUUUAAAGGGAACACUUGACAGCAUAAAACCUGAGAGCCUAGCCAAAAGGAUACUCUCCUUGUUGCUGAAACUAGCAGCAGUUUUCCGUUAUAUCCCGUUUGAGCUUUCGAGAAGGAAGCAUACCAUUACUCCCUCGAGUCCAACGGAAGAUGAGAGUAGGAGCACUCUCACCGCAAUUCCUAGGGAAACCACAAUGAAAGACCGGAUUGGCCCAUGUUUGGAGCGUAUUCAGAAACUUGAGAGAAAGUAUGAGGAAAUCAGGAACAAACCGGUUGAAAUCCCCGUCGAGAAGGAGAGAAUGCUGAUGGAUUCUCUAGACAGAAUCAAAUCGGUUGAGUUUGAUCUCGAGAAAACAAAGAGGUGGUGGUUGCAGGCUUUACACGCCACAGUGAUGAAGCAGAUGGAAAUAACUGAAAUGCUUGAAAGUAUACGAGAGUCCCAACUACACAGAAGAAGAUUGUUCUGUUAGGAAAAGCCGCCAUAAGAGAACAUCUUCUGCUGAGUUUUGCAUAAAUACAGCUCCAAACGUCUGCACAUACAAAGAGUGAGAGAGAACAGAUUCCAAGAAGAAGAAGAAGAAUCAUGUUAGUUGGUUUUUAUCUCCUUCCUCAUCUAACUUGGGUCACCACUUUUUUCGUUCUUUCUAAGUUCAAAAUAAAAGAAGCAGAUAGGGAGGGACAGAGAAAAUCGUAUGAUGGUGGAGAUCUUGUGGUUGAUAAUGUAGAUUUGACUUCAGAGUUGAGUAUAAUGAAAGCUGCUUUUGAAACCCUUGUGUUGUAAUCUAAUGUAGAGAAGAAAAAACAAAAAUAGUAUGAGAGAUUUUGUAAAAUCUUUUUCUCUAUAUUUGAUACACAUGAAAGAAAACUGUUAACACGACUA